GUUCAUGCAUCUUCGUCGCCACCACCUCACACCCUUAAUCCCUCGCGAGCUAUCUUAGAUUUUCUUCCUCGCAGAAUUAUUCAGCCCUUCCAUCUGGAUCUAUCGAUCUUGCUCUUCAGUCUUCACUGGCCCCAGUAGGCAGUAGCUAUCCAUCAAUGGCUGCAAUUGUCAAUGCGCCAGCUGCUGCUUGUUGCUCGGUGGCCCGCUCCGGUCUGCAGCUGCCAACUAGGCCGGCGUUGCUGCCGUCGAUGAGGAGGAAGGAAUCGAAGGCGGCGGGGCGGCUGGUGGCGGUUGCGGCGGUGGGCGACGUGGCGGCGGAGGGCAACACGUACCUCAUCGCCGGCGCGGUGGCCAUUGCGCUCGUCGGCACGGCCUUCCCGAUACUCUUCUCGCGCAAGGACACGUGCCCGGAGUGCGACGGCGCAGGGUUCAUCCGCAAGGCGGGGGCGACGCUGCGGGCGAACGCGGCGAGGAAGGACCAGGCCCAGAUCGUCUGUCCAAACUGCAACGGCCUGGGCAAGCUCGGCCAGAUCGACAAGUAGCUCCACCUCACUCACUCAACAUGAAUAUGCAUGCUGCAUGCUACCUGGUCAAUUUCCACAUAUGUAUUCGUAUAUGUUCUAAAUUGUUGUCUCCAUUUAACUUGUGUGCGUGCUCGUCAAAGUCGGGAAAAAGGUAUAUAAUUAAGCACUAAACCUUUCUUACAAAAGUCCAUUAUCAUGUGCCAGACGAUGGUUAUGAUGAGUAGAUGAUCAGAUAUGCCUAAGUUAUGAUCGAGAACAAUAAAUCUAAUUAAGUUGGUUUGUAA